GGUGGUCGGUUACGAACCUCUCGCGUUUCGCUAUGCCGUCGCCGACGUUACAAGUCUAAGUAGUUGUGUACAUAUAUUUAUAAAACUAUAUUAUACUAAUGAGACUGUUACGCGUCCUAGUCAUUUAAAAAAUAUUAUAUACCACGGGGUAAACAUUUUAAUUUACCGUCAUCGCAUUGACAACUUUUGUUCAAAUUUGUAAAUUUUUUUUUCUCCGUACACAUGUGCUCGUAAAAUUUUCACACGUUAUACACAUCGCGUUCCUCGAAACAGGUAAUAAGGAUUACUCAAAACAUUUAAUAAGUAUUUAUUGAAAUACGCUUAUAAAGAUGGGCGUCGGUCAUUCGAACAGACAAGAUCGCUCAUGCCCUUUGGACGGUGAUGUAAACUUUGAUCACUUUGAAAUUUUGCGAGCAAUUGGUAAAGGCAGUUUUGGUAAAGUAUGUAUAGUGGAAAAAAAAAAUUCACGUCAAAUGUACGCAAUGAAGUACAUGCAGAAGAGUCGUUGCAUUGAAAGAGAUGCUUUAAAAAAUGUUCUAAGAGAAAUGGAAAUAUUAACUACGCUUGAACACCCAUUCCUAGUAAACCUAUGGUUCUCUUUUCAAGACGAGGAAGACCUAUUCAUGGUUUCAGACCUAUUAUUGGGAGGUGACUUGAGGUACCACUUGGGUCAAGACGUUAAGUUUAGUGAAAAUUCAAUAAAACUGUUUGCUUGCGAAAUUGGCUCUGCGUUGGAAUAUCUACAAAGCGAGCACAUAGUUCACAGGGACAUAAAGCCGGAGAAUAUUUUGCUAGACGAAGAAGGUCACGCACACAUUACUGACUUUAACAUAGCAGCUACAUUACAUGGUAAAAAAUUAGCUUCAUCGCUGUCCGGCACCAAACCGUAUAUAGCACCAGAAGUAUAUUUAUGUUCUUUGGGCGAAUGCGCUGGAUAUUCGUACCCCGUUGAUUGGUGGUCACUAGGAGUAACACUUUAUGAAGUUAUGUCAAGAUGCAGACCGUAUGACAUCCAUUCUGGUACAACACCAAGGGAAGUUCGGUCAAUGUUGAUGAAUUCAACGGCGUCCACGGCAAUACCACCGAAAUGUUCAGAACAACUGAGCCUAUUAUUUCAAAGACUGCUAUGCAUUAACCCAGAUGAAAGAAUCACCACGGUCAAGAAACUGAAAUCUAUUCCAUGUAUAAGUCGAUACAAUUUCGGAAUGAUAUUAGAAAAACAAAUCAGGCCACCGUUUACGCCACCGAAAGAUCGGUUAAACUGUGAUCCAACAUUUGAAUUAGAAGAGAUGAUUGUUGAACCUAAUCCAUUACAUCGAAAGCCUAGACGUUUGGCAAAGCAAAGGUCUCUCAGAACUUCCAUGACAAUUGAAGACACAGAAGUUAGCAGGCAACUUCAACAUUUUAAAUGCUAUAAUCGUGAGAAAGAAUUAGAAAGGAGAGAAAUGGAACGCAAAGAGCAUGACUGGGAGCAGGAACUAAUUAAAGCUAUGAACGCUUCGACUAUACCAGCUAUCGUCCCGGCCAUGGUGACCGACAGGGACGGAGGGGGUGAGUUGCUGACGGUGCCCAUCAUGACGACCGAACGGCGGCGGUCCAGUUGCAAGCUGAACAUCUCCCCGGUCAGCAUCCAGACUAGGCUUCUUUCUGCGCAGACCGAUAAUGGCAGCUGACACAAAAAAGAGGCACAGGGAAAUUGAACGGCACCGAUAAUCUAUUAACGAUAAUUAUUUUAUGUAAUGUUAUCACUUUGUAUUUAUUUUAUUAAAAUAUUAUUAUGUCCUCGUGAUCGCGACAGUAUCAAACGUUUUAUUGUAAGUGUGUGUAUCACAUACUUACAAUCAACGCGUGGGCCAAAUAACAACUAGGUACAUUGAUGAUAAUGAUGAUGACGACGACGACGACGAUGAUUAUAAUAAUUAUGGCUCGAGCCAUUGAUAUAGUAACGUAAUACAAAAUAUACACGACAUUAUAAUGUUGUCGUCAUUAUAUUAUGAUAUACUUAAGUGUCUAAGGAUCUUCCUUCAUCACUGUCUUUCCGUUAUAAACCAUAACUCUAGGUGUACGGGUACUAACGAAGUUAAGCUACCGUGAUGAUUAUUGCUAUAGCUACGAUUUUCGUUCUGUAUAAGCUAUAAAGCAGUACAUUUAUUAAAAAGCGUUUUGAAAUUAUAAUGUAAUAAGUAUAUUUUAAAUGAAUAAUUAAAAAAUGUUUUUCAUUUUCAAAUAUUGCAAUUGUUUUCCGAAUAAUUACAUAUAUAGAUAUACUUACCUGUUUAAACAAGUAUUAUAUAAUAUUAGGAAACAAUUAAAAUAUGUUUUAUAUAUUUAAAUAAUAUCUGUGUUAUAUAUACAUACACACCCAGUGUGCACUACACGGUGUUUUUUCGUUUUUCUAUGUUCACUCUGUAUUCUAUAAAAUUAAGGAGUAUUUUGUACAUUUAUUAUGUGUAGUGCAGUAAAAUAUAUAUUUAUUAAUUAUUA